AUGCUCCGCAACACGAACCCGCAAGACUCGGCGUACAGCCAGGUACGAUACCACCUCUCAGCAACAAAGAUGAAGAUCACCAACGCCCGGGCGCUCCUCAAGAAGGCAGCAGCUAUGUGCAAGAGCAAGACCAGUGUCCUCACGGCCAGGCUCCUCAUCCUCGCCUCCGUCCAUCGCAGGUUGGCCACGGUCGGCGCCAUUUCUCACAGGAUCCAUGCCCUCAUUGUGGCUGACCGGGAGAAGGGUGCCAAAGUGGACUACCACAAGGCUCUCAUGCUCCCCAAGGUUGAGAAGCCAAAGUACCAAGUCGGUGAGAUGGUGGAUCCGUCCCACCAUCUAACAUUGUUUGAUCAAGAGGACGGUGUUGGUGGCUGCCCUGACUGGACACUGCACCCCAUCUUCAGCGACGAUGACGAUUUCUGUUACACUGAUGAGUAUGGCAGUGAUGAUGAUGAUGGAGAUGAUCCCUCAGUGAUGACUGCAAUAAGGAGCAACCAGGAGGCUGAUUUGGAAUUCAAUAUGGACGACGAUAUUGACCUGGCUGCCGAAAUGUUCAUCAGAAGGUUCCGUGAGCAGAUGGACGAGAACUUCUCGUGAUGUUGUGUUCCAUAUAUACCAUGCAUGGUAGCGCACAUAGCUACUGCUAAC